GAAAAAAGUAUAUAAACCACUCGUCGCAGGGGAACUAAAAUGCGAUUUGUUAGUGCAGCGUUUGGGAUACAUGAUUUCGCUAGGAACUUAUGAAAGCUGUAUACGUGUUGGGUCGUUUGAGAGCCAAUGCAUCGGACUGAAGCACUGAAGUUCAUGUAAAAUACCAGGAUGACUAGCGAGGAGAUAUCUGAGGUCAUCCGAGGACGUUAUUUACUACUGACGUCGCUCGCUUUGCUUGUGGCUGUGCACCUGUAUUUGUGGAUUCAGCGGUACCUGCGCCUUCGCUGCCCUCCGGGACCGUUUCCUUGGCCGAUUGUCGGAAAUGCCGCUCAGCUUGGAUGCGCACCUCACCUGUACUUCACUCAUAUGGCAAAGAAAUACGGUAAUGUUUUCCAAAUCAAGCUGGGUAACCGAACCGUUGUGGUUCUUAACGGUGAUGUUAUCAGGACGGCGCUCAUCAAAAAAGGAGCUGAGUUCGCUGGUCGGCCAGAUUUUACUUCUUUUCGGGUCGUUUCAAAUGGGAAGAGUAUGGCUUUCGGUAACUACAGCGAACAGUGGAAAGCGCAUCGAAAGGUCGCACAGUCCACGGUCCGGGCGUUCUCGACCAUCAACAUGAAGACCAAAAAGACAUUUGAGAGUCACGUUGUGAGCGAGGUCAGGGAACUGCUCUACCUGCUUUUGGAAAAAUCUGCAGAAAAGAAGUACUUUGAACCGCGAUCAUACCUCAUUACAUCCAUCGCAAACGUAAUGAGCGCCGUUUGUUUUGGGAAGAGAUACUCUUACACCGAUUCGGAGUUUCGGGCGAUUGUGGGGAGAAACGAUCAAUUCACCAAAACGGUGGGUGCUGGGAGUAUUGUGGACGUCAUGCCUUGGCUUCAGUAUUUUCCAAACCCGAUUAAAUCUAUAUUUAUUAAUUUUAAAAAACUCAACACGGAGUUCUACGAUUUCAUCCAAAACAAAGUUUCCGAGCACCGGACAACCAUUAAUUCUAGCAUCAUUCGAGACAUGACUGAUGCUUUUAUUUUUGCCAUGAAUCGGAAACUAAAUGGCCCGCUCGGUGUUUUCCUGGACAAAGAACACAUCUGCCCCAUGAUAAACGACAUUUUUGGAGCAAGUCAAGAUACACUAUCAACCGCUUUGCAAUGGAUCAUACUGAUACUUGUAAGAUUUCCUGAUGUCCAAGCACGACUUCGAGAGGAGGUCGACAAAGUGGUGGAGCGGAGCAGACUCCCGACCAUCGAGGACCAGCCGCGAUUGCCGUACGUCAUGGCCUUUCUCCACGAGGCCAUGCGAUACACCAGCUUCAUCCCCGUCACCAUCCCACACGCGACAACCAACAACACUACCAUCGAAGGCUACCACAUUCCAAAGGGCACCGUGGUCUUCAUUAACCAGUGGUCGGUCAACCAUGACCCCGGCAGGUGGAUGAAUCCAGAGGUUUUUAACCCCCUGAGAUUCCUGGAUGCCGGUGGGGCUCUGGAUAAAGAUCUGAGCAGCAAUGUGCUGAUAUUCUCAAUGGGAAAACGUCGCUGCAUAGGGGAGGAACUGUCCAAGAUGAAACUCUUCCUUUAUACGACCCUGCUGACUCAUCAGUGCCUCUUCUCAGCUGACCCAGAAAGCCCCCCCAAAAUGGAUUACGAGUACGGCCUGUCCCUGAAGCCCAAAAGCUACAAAAUAACAGUCGCACACCGUGACACCAUGGACCUGUUGGACUCCUUCGUGGAGAAGCUGUUGGAUGGCGUGAAAACAGAAGAUAGAGCAGGUUAAGGAAAAACAAAGCGAAGAAGACUAUGAAUGAAGGUUUAAAGAAGGGCAAGUGAAGUAGAAUGGCUAUGAUUUCGCUAACAUAGAAAUAUAUAUUUAUAGAGACUCAAACAAAACAUAUUAGUAUAUUUUUAUAUAAUUUCUUAACAGGGCAUAAUCAUCUGAAGGACUUUUAAUCUGCUUGCUAGAGAAAUAAAAGUGCAAUAGGAAUUCAGAAUAUAAAUGUACACACAGACACAACAUACAGCUACCAUACAUGAGAGCGUGGAAAUACAGUUCGUAAGCCUGAGUCUCUACAUGCCAGCAUCAUAAUGCUGAUCACAGGCAGGCCUGAGAGUGUUCUCGCCAACACAGUAUAGGAGGGGGCUGUUAGUCACCAUUUCUCAUAAGCUAAGCAUCAUAAGUAGGAGUCUGGCUGUUCAAAGACAUGUGUCUGAUCAUAAAAAUGAUUUUGUCUGUUUCAUGGUACUAAGAAACAAGCUGACACAUUUUAGGUUUUUUUUUUCGAUCUAUGGAUUACCAAGCUAUUACAUCUCAUAAAACACACUUAAUAUUUAUCAAGGGUAUUACUUUACAUUUAACGUUCACCUUGCCUGCUUCACUUUUAGCAUUGCAACAUGGUAGCUUCACUCACAUAGUUUCACUGCAAAAAAAAAUCAAUAAAGAUCAUCGUGAUGCUGAAUCCCAAGGACAGAUUUUCCAAAUGUUCAGAAUAGUUUUGGACAAACUGUACACUGGAUCACAAUUUCUGCAUGUAUACUUGCAUAGACCAUAUCUUGUCGAAAAGUCUUAUAAGUGUUCUUGAGUGUGUAUCAUAGCACAGUAUGAAAAAAAUCUCUGGGUUUAUCACGAUAUCAGAAACCAGUAAUCAAAAUCAAAAAGUCUACUGCACAUGUAAGACAUAGGACUGCUGCUUUAAUUUAACUUUAGGUUUAGGGUGUAAAUGGAGAAUAUGAUUAACUGGUACAAGCUCAAACUGCUGGCCUUUGUAGAAGACAGGAAUAUAUGCAGGUAUAUGUUAUGUAAUGUUCAUUUUGUACACGUUUCAGAUGCUCAGGCUUUAAGAUACAGGGUAGCCUGUGUGUAUGAACUACUGUAUUCAUGCAUUUUUAAGAAAUGCUUCACUCAUCUGACUAUAUUUCUGCAGUGUUGAUUAAAUCAUGGUGUUCUUAUGUUUUUUUGAUGUAUGAUUCAGGGAUUGUCUAGUCUUGUUAACUGCUUUACUUUAUGUAUAAGCUCAAAUAUACACAGUGGUUGAAUAUCUCUGUAAACCCUGCUAAUUAACCCUUAAUUUAACAAGCUUCAUAGUAGGAGUUUGCCAGUUUUAUACAUUUUAAGAAAUUUAUAAUAUAUUUACUAAAGCUGUGCUAUCACUGUAAGAGCGUUAUAUUUAUAGUUAAGAUAA